UUUUUAUAAUAAUAAAAUGGAAAGUACUACUAAAGCAAUUGAAAAAGAGAACGCCCAGAUAAUCAGUCUAGAGAAGUCUGUCCUGGCAGAAGCCAAGGAGCAAGAGGUCACCACAUGUCAGAGCAUCCUCUAUAAGGUUCGUCAAGAUGAAGAAGUUAAGCCAUCGGACCUAGACUACGAAGAAGUUUCAGCAAACAGUAGACUUUACAUUUGGGCGAACCAAAUCUGUGAUGGCAAACUUUUGAAAAGUUUGAAGCGUCUUAAGGUUUUUGAUAUAGAUUGGCUUCAUUUGAUUGGGAUUGGUUCUAAAAAUAGGCGUUUUGUUUUAAAUUUCUUACAAUCCUCAUUCCCAAAUAAAAUUAAGAUUCUCGAUUUUUGGUCCAGUGGUCAAAUGGAUCUGAAAAGGUGCAACUACUUAAACUCCCUGACCACACUCAGCUCCAAAGUCGUUCAAAAAGUUGACUUUAGAAAUUUCAGCAUCGGCCCACCCCAACUCAAGAAGCUGGUGGCAGCUUUCAGACAUGUGAGAACUUUGAGAUUGGAAUAUUGCAGGCUAUCUAUCCCAAGUGUUCCUGAUUUGUCAAAGGCUCUGAAGAAUUGCCAAAUACAGGGAAUAGAUUUAGAAGGAUCAGGAAACUCGAGUAGAAGUGAUUGGGAGAACAACUUCGACGAGUUCGAGAACUUAGUUAAAGGGUUAGCAAGCUCUCCAGAUUUAAGAUUGAGUCUUAAAAUAGUAUUUGUCUCUUACUGCGGCGGAGUAACCCAAAAUAAAGCUGAACAAGUCUUUGAAGAAAACCAGCUUGAAGGAGUUAAAAUAAUUGGUGGAGAUUAAAUUUUGGUUAAA